CGUCCCUUCUCCCUCGCGAGCUCCCACCAUUAAAGCCUAGCACUCCAGAGCUCCUCCUCUCUUGGUCCAAAAUCAUCGCCCGAAUCCGAGGGCAGUUUCAGUGGGUUCUGAAAUUGGAGCUUGCUCGGGCGAUUGAUUUUGGAGCCGGAGUUGAGGAUGUCAGGGCCGCUCGAUCGAUUUGCGAGGCCAUGUUUUGAAGGUUUUGCGCAUAACGAUGAAAAGAAAGAGAUCAGAUCUGAUGCAGACAACUCAGAAGGGGAGAAGAAGACUAAAAUAGGUUCUUUCAAGAAAAAAGCAAUUAAUGCUGGGAACAAAUUCAGGCAUUCCCUGAGGAGAAGAAGCAAAAAGAAAAAUGAACCUCGGGUUUCCAUUGAGGACAUAAGGGAUGUUCAAGAUCUUCAAGCUGUCGAUGCAUUUCGACAGUGCUUAGUUGAUGAGGACCUAUUGCCGCAACAGCAUGAUGAUUAUCACAUGAUGCUGAGGUUCCUCAAAGCACGGAAAUUUGAUGUCGAUAAAGCAAAGAAUAUGUGGUCUGAUAUGCUGAAAUGGAGAAAAGAAUUUGGGGCUGACAAUAUAGAGGAGUUUGACUACACCGAGGCGGAUGAGGUUACGAAAUAUUAUCCACAAUUUUAUCAUGGAGUGGAUAAAGAAGGAAGGCCUGUCUACAUAGAGUUAAUAGGAAAAGUUGAUGCGAAUAAGUUAAUGCAAGUAACAACUAUAGAGCGGUAUGUGAAAUAUCAUGUGAAGGAGUUUGAGAGAUGCUUCCAAAUGAGAUUUCCUGCCUGCUCGAUUGCUGCAAAAAGGCACAUUGAUUCAUGUACUACUAUUCUGGACGUGCAAGGCGUGGGCUUAAAGAACUUCUCAAAAGCUGCAAGGGAUCUAAUCACACGGCUGCAGAAGAUUGACAAUGACAACUAUCCAGAGACGUUGUGCCGCAUGUAUAUUAUUAAUGCUGGCCAAGGCUUCAAGAUGUUAUGGAGCACUGUAAAGUCUUUCCUAGAUCCAAAAACUGCUUCAAAGAUUCAUGUUCUAGGAAACAAGUACCAAAAUAAGCUACUGGAAAUAAUUGAUGAGAAUGAAUUGCCAGAGUUUUUUGGUGGAAAAUGCAAGUGCGAGGCAUUUGGAGGUUGCCAGAAAUCAGAUAAGGGUCCUUGGAAGGAUCCUAACAUAAUAAAGAGGGUCCUGAAUGGCGAAGCAAAUUAUGGAAGGCAAAUUGUGACCAUAUCAAGCACUGAUGGGAAAAUAGUUCAUUACGCUAGGCCACAAUACCCAACUCAGAGAAAAGGAAGUGAUGGCUCAGCAGAGUCUGGAUCUGAAGUGGAAGAUGUCGCUUCACCUAUUGCAUCAAGGAACCUGAUAACAAAUCCUCUUUUGACCCCUGUUCAUGAGGAGUCAAAAUUGUUAGCACAUGCUUCUACAUCUGCUUCCCCUCCCAUUAUCGAAGAAACCAUUCCUGUUGUUGACAAGGUUGUGGAUGAUGGAUGGGGCAGUCCCAGAUCUAGUAUGGCAAUUUCUUUCUCAGGUUCAUCACCCUUGAGAAGUCCACCUAUCACAUUUGAUGGCCUCUGGACACAAGUUAUCACAUGGCUGACUCUCAUUAUCGUGAGUCUUUUUGCUAUGGUUCGCUCUGUCCCGAGCAGGAUGGCUAAAAGACUCUCAAGUCAAUCCAAUGACCGUGAUCACUUCUACGUGGAGUAUCCUCAAGAGCCAGAGUACAAGGAAGAAUUCCGCCCUCCAUCUCCUGCUCCGUCUUAUACGGAAAAGGAUGUCCUCACAUCUAUGGUAAGACGACUAGGUGAGUUGGAGGAGAAGGUGCAGGUGCUCGAAACAAAGCCAUCUGAGAUGCCAUUUGAGAAAGAGGAAUUACUCAACGCAGCUGUCCGCCGUGUGGAUGCAUUAGAAGCCGAGUUAAUCUCUACAAAGAAGGCCCUCUAUGAAGCCUUGAUGCGGCAAGACGAGCUGCUUGCCUACAUUGACAAGCAAGAUAUGAUCAAGUUUCGUAAAAAGAAAUUCUGCUUCUGAGAACUAAACGAGGAGGAGCAGAUGAGCAGCUCUAUAUUAACUCUUCAGACAUAGUUGUACGUGUAUAUUGUAUCAAUUAAUUGCCAUGAAUAUGAGUGUAAAAAUGUGUAAUUAGUAGGGGGUUACAAAAUCAGAAUUUGUUGUAUGAGGUGUAUGAGUACGAGUAUGAGAUGGUGUUUGCCUGUCUUCCAGAACCCAGACUAUGCAUCUUGGGUCCUGGCUGUUGCAAAUUAGGCCUGUAAUUUUGUGACUUGCAACAUAGCAAAAUGUGAGUUUGAAUCGUUGUAAAUGGAGCAAAAAUGUAAGUUUAAAUCGUUGUAAUCAUGUGCUGUUGCAAUA